CCUGAGGCAUAUUAGUAUAUAGGUCUCAUUCCUUGUUGAUCAGAACAACGUCUCUCUCUCUCUCUCUCUCUCUCUCUCUCGUACUGCCAUUUUCACUACCUUCUCAAGAAUCGAUCCUCUGUGUCGCUGCCUGUGGCUUCUCCUUCUUAUCUGUUUUGUGGAGACACACACAAAGAAAAGGAGGGCGAUUAAUAAAGAACAGAAGACGAACAGUUUGGUUUUGUUGGUCGUGUUUCAUUCCCCUUCUUCUGUGGUAAGAACACGAGAGGAGUAAGAAGACCAAGAACUGCUGAGAAAACGGAUCUUUUCACUCUCUUUCUAGAUCUAGUGGCAGAGACAAGAGAUCGAGACGACAAGGAAAAUGUCGACGGCGGUGAAGCAGGCGGAGGAGGCUAUAGUUCCGAGCUCGAACGAUACAGAGAGUGAUCAGAUCAUCAACAGUAACCAUGUCGGAAAAGAAGACGAGAUCUCUCCCUCCGGUGGUUUCAGCUUCAAGACUUUCCUCUGGCAUGGCGGCUCCGUCUGGGACGCCUGGUUCAGCUGCGCCUCUAACCAGGUUGCGCAAGUGCUGUUGACGCUGCCGUACUCGUUCAGUCAACUCGGGAUGUUGUCGGGAAUAGUUCUUCAGAUCUUCUACGGAUUGGUCGGAAGCUGGACUGCGUAUCUGAUCAGUGUUCUCUACGUUGAGUACCGAAACAGGAAGGAGAAAGAGGGCAAGAGCUUCAAGAACCAUGUCAUCCAGUGGUUCGAAGUGCUCGACGGGUUAUUAGGUCCGUAUUGGAAGGCAGCCGGACUUGCCUUCAACUGUACUUUCCUCUUAUUCGGAUCUGUCAUACAACUCAUAGCUUGUGCAAGCAACAUAUACUACAUAAACGAUCACUUGGACAAGCGUACGUGGACGUACAUAUUCGGGGCGUGUUGUGCGACCACCGUAUUUAUACCGUCUUUCCACAACUACCGUAUCUGGUCGUUCCUCGGCCUCGGCAUGACCACCUACACCGCUUGGUACCUCGCCAUCGCCGCCCUCAUCCACGGCCAGGCCGAAGGUGUCACACACUCCGGUCCAAAAAAGCUAGUGCUUUAUUUCACCGGAGCCACCAACAUCUUGUACACGUUCGGUGGCCACGCAGUAACUGUAGAGAUAAUGCAUGCGAUGUGGAAACCACAAAAGUUCAAGUACAUUUACUUGCUGGCGACGCUGUACGUAUUCACGCUAACGCUUCCGUCAGCGGCCGCCGUUUACUGGGCCUUUGGGGAUGAGCUUCUCGACCACUCCAACGCCUUCUCCCUCCUCCCCCGCACCGCGUGGCGUGACGCCGCCGUUAUCCUCAUGCUCAUUCACCAGUUUAUAACGUUCGGGUUCGCGUGCACACCGCUAUACUUCGUGUGGGAGAAGGUGAUAGGGAUGCACGAUACGAAGAGCAUAUGCGUGAGGGCACUGGCUCGUUUGCCUGUCGUCAUCCCCAUAUGGUUCUUAGCCAUCAUCUUCCCUUUCUUCGGUCCCAUCAACUCGGCGGUCGGCGCCCUUCUCGUCAGUUUCACCGUCUACAUCAUCCCCGCCCUCGCCCACAUGCUCACCUUCCGCUCCUCUUCCGCCCGUCAGAAUGCGGCGGAGAAGCCACCACGGUUCAUGCCGAGUUGGACGGCAAUGUACGUAUUCAACGCGUUCAUAGUGGUGUGGGUCUUGGUCGUGGGUUUCGGGUUCGGAGGAUGGGCAAGCGUCACUAACUUCGUCAAGCAAGUCGACACUUUCGGCCUCUUCGCAAAAUGUUACCAAUGCAACCCGCCGGUUCCUCCUCCCGGCUCGUCCGUACGCCACGGCCGCUGAGCACGGUUGGUUCCGUACGUUUUUUUUUCCGAUCGUAAUCUACGAGAGAGAAAAAAACCCGGUCCUAAUAUGCCGUCUAUGCAGAUUUGACUUUGCUUGUUCUGUAUUCUUAUACGUGAGGGGAGUGCCCUUUGAACGCGAUGAAUGAUGCGUGCUAAUGUCUUUUUUUUUUCCCCCUUUUGGGGUUUUUUUUUCUUUCUCUUAGCUGAUUAAUAUAGUUGAUAAUAUAGUGUGUUGAUGAUUGAGUUGUGAUUUCUUAUUUUGGUAAUGAAAACAAUAGAGGGUCAAAUGGGUUAUAUAUAUUUGUUACUUUUAACUG